AUGUCUUUCAAGGAAAUCAUUACCGAAGUGGGCCCAGAAAAGUUGCUACCUGAGAAACUAUUGCCAAGCUUGCUACUAAUCAAGCCCGAGGAAACAGACCAAGGAAUUGCUUUGAUCCUCGCAGAAGUUUUAAUUCCAGGAUCUCAAGGCCUCUCUACUACAAACGGCGGUGUUACUGCAUUGACAUUCGUCAAUAACUUACCUGAAGCGAACGCCAAAGGAGCACAGUUGCAAACAUGUUUGAAAACAAUAGAUACUAGCCCUGCUCACACUGUGAAUUGGUUUAAUGUUUUCGCCAAGGUUCAUGAAUUCUUGUUUGAUGCCUCAAAACGUAAUAGCCAGCCAUCAGUUGCUAGCUUGACACAAUUUUUGUCAAGUCUUGACUUCAAAUCCGGCCUAAUUGAUAUCUUCUUGAGUUAUGAAUGGUGGUUUGACAAGACUUUGUUAUACAUGUUGCAAUCAAUGCAUACUCAGCAAGGUGCGUUUGACAUUAUUCAUCUGAAAAAUCUUACUCUCUGUUAUGAGGAAGAAAUUGAUGAUGCGCCCGAGCUUUUGAGUUUCAUAAAUAUUGCAAAGCUUGAGGUUCAAGUGAUGGCAAAAAUCAACUCGCAAACUGCUCAGCAAAUCAAAAUGCAAUCCGAGGGAGACAAGAAGCUUGACACAUGGUUAAGUCAGUUUUUCGAUUUGCAUUGCAGAAGUGAACCACAUCAUGUUAUAGCAGGUGCAUUGGCAAUUGCUGAUAAAGAUGGUUAUAUCUUGGACCGCAUUGACCGUUUGUUUGCUUUUAUGAUGGAUAGACCAUUCGUGGAUGCAAAUAUAACUCAAUUGGGUAAGGUGUUGAAUAAAUUCAAGAUGUAUGACAUUCAGUUGGCCAUUGCAAAGUUGAUCGAGUACUACACGAACAGAUUGAACAGCGAAUCGCUCAACAAAGUUAUUCAAGCUUCUACAUCCUUCGAUUUGUUUGACGCAUUGCUUAAGAAGGCAAACUCAAUGACUUACAGUUUGUACUUGACAUUUGCGAUUGAAGCGUCCAAUUUCGGGUUUGACUACAAAAAAGCUACUGAGAACGACCUAAAGAUCACAAAAUUGCGUCCUACAGUGUACCAGUGUUUACUCGAGAUCUUAGAGACACGGACAGCUCAAGAUUUUGAGCUUACUCAGCAACAAGCGCAGUCCUUAGAUGCUCAAGUUCAUACAAACUCUAAGCCUUUGAAGGUUUCCGUGGUGUACACAUUAUUGGAACUAAUCAAGGGCUCUCAGGGCUUGGUUGACAGCGAAAGAUUGAAAAACCUUCAAUUGUCGUUGUUGACAACAUAUCCAAGACUCAUCAACUUUGGAACAGGCCAUGAUGAAGCCAUUUUGAAAAACGAAGAGCUUUAUUCUAAUGCAUUCCCUCCUCAGGUAGAGCAGGAAAUGAAAGCAUACUACUCCAAGAUGUAUAACAAGGAUAUGGAAAUCAAGGAGAUCGUUGAUAUGCUCAGCAGAAUGAAGACAAGUGAUCUUCCCCACGAUCAAGAUGUGUUUGCUUGUAUGAUUCACUCCUUGAUUGAUGAGUACAGAUUCUUUUCAGAGUAUCCUUUGACUGCUUUGGCAUCGACUUCGUUGUUAUUUGGGGCUUUGUUGCAAAGAGAUUUAAUUCAAGGAACUACUCUUACCGUUGCCCUUAACUUCAUUUGGGAAUCUUGUAACCAGCCGCAAGAUUCACACCUUUUCAAGUUUGCUGUCCAGUCUUUGUAUAACUUCAAGUCAAGAUUGCAUGAGUACCCAAUUUAUUGCAAACAUCUUUUGAAGUGUCAAUCCCUUUCGUCACACGCCAAGAUGUAUCAGAUUGUUAAAGAUGCUUCGAAUGGUAUUCCCUGCCCUGACACAAACCCGCAACAAGCUGCGGGUGGUCAUGACAAUGCCGCUGGCCCAUCAUCUCCUGGUAUAACAUACAACUCGAUUUCAGCAACCAAGAAAACAGUUGGUAUCGUACAACAGGAAGUUCCGGACGAAUCAACCUCUGACAAGCUUCUUUUCAGUGUGAACAACAUGACUUCGGACAACAUGAAGGACAAGCUUGCAGAGAUCCAGCACUUGCUUUCUGAAAAUUACUUUUCCUGGUUCGCAAAUUAUCUUGUGACAGAGAGAGCGAAAACUGAACCUAACAAUCACGGCUUGUACUCAGACUUCCUUUUCGCGUUCGACGAUGCGAUUUUCUACGAGUAUGUCUUGAACACGACUCUUUCUGAGGUGGAUCAUUUGCUUAGAAACUUCAAAGACUCGACAAUCGAUCGUUCUAAUUUGAAGAACUUGGGAGCUUGGUUGGGAAAAAUAACCUUGGCAAACGAUAAACCACUCAAGAGAGACCAGAUCGCUUUGAAGUAUCUCUUGGUUGAGUCGUUCGAUUUAAAGACUUUGCCCAUUGUUAUUCCCUUUGUUUGCAAGAUUUUGGACCAAGCAAGCGAGUCAAAGGUUUUUAGACCUCCAAACCCAUGGAUUCUUGGUAUAAUGAAAGUUUUAGUGGAACUUUACGAUUGUGCCGACUUGAAGUUAAAUUUGAAGUUCGAAAUUGAAGUUUUGUUCAACUCCUUCGGAAUGAAGAUAAAGGAUGUUGAAGCUUCCACUCUUGUGAGGAGCCACAACCCAAAGCCAGAGGCAUUAGCUGCAUUGUUUGGAAUCCGUCCAGACUCUGCUUCCCUUCAAGCCGAAAUGGCUAAAAUGUCUCUUGGUGGUCCUGAGCAAUCCUUGCAGAUGCAACAACAUUUGCAACAACAAGCAGUAUUGAUGCAACAACAGCAGCAACAACAGCAAAUGCCACAUGUUUCCCAGGUUCAACAAAUGAGACAAGAGGAACCAAUGAAUCAGCCAAUUUGGCUCCAACCAAUUAGAUGCAUCUUUCAGCAAUUUGCAAGGCAACAGCAUUUUCACCCAAAACCCUAA